AUGCCGCGCAAGAGAAAGAUCACAGACAUCAGCAGAGACCUUCCCGCCCCGGCUGAGAUGUCUAUUGUCACGACCGCUCCAGCCAACACAGCCUGCACCGACCCCCUUCGUCUCUUGCCGGUCGAAUGCGUCAGUAUGAUAUUCCAGUAUCUCGACGCCUCCGACCUUGUCCGAUGCGAACGAAUCAGCACGAGCUGGCAAGACUAUCUCCGCAACUGGAUGGCUGUCUCCGGUCUACGUCUCCGGUUUCCCGCCGCAACCCAACCAAAGAAGACUGGCGAUCCCUCUGAAGCAGUGAAGCUCUUCAAAUCCUGCGCCGCGCUUACUACCGGAGAACCAACUGCUGUACGCACCAUGCGCGCCACAUCACAUUGCGUUGCUGUCGCAGGCAACUUCAUGGCGUGGAAGGAACAUGAAACCAUCUUCUGGAAAGAUCUCACGCACAAGGAAGAAGGGGGCCUCCGGCGAGCUAACAAGCUGGAACCGCGUACUCCCAUAAAGGUCACCGACACCUCGCCAGUCCGCAGCAUCACGCUUAGUCCAGCCGGGCACAUCCUGAUUCGAACGCAGCCAGAGAGUGCAUCCCGCCAACCCAACGGUGAAGAACAGGACUACUUGCUUUCCCUAGAAACAGGAGAGGAGUUAUGGCGUCGCAAGUUUGACAAUUACGCCGUCAGCAUACCAGGCGAUUAUCCAUUGCUAUUCGGCGAAAACAGACUCUAUUAUCUUGCCCUUGUUGUUGAUGAAGCUUUGCCUGCAUAUCUGAUGGCCCUGGAUAUCCAGACCGGCCAGACACUGUACACGACCGCGACACCACUCAACUUGUUCGAAGGAAUGGGGCAUGUCCUCGGCAAUCCGAGCCGGAAACGUCUUUCGCGCAACUACUCUGCACUUGUUUCCGCCGGCGGGCGCGAGGCCCUUGCGAUAGUCGGCUCCACCGGAGUGACGCAUGGUACCAGCAACGAAGCCAGUGGAAGCAUUUUCAUCUUUGACGGCGAGACGGGGGGGUUAGAGCAGACUGUUCAGGUGGAUCUAGGACAGGGACAACACGGCUAUCUUGUGAGCUCAGACACAAAGGAAGAGUUCGCCCUGCUGAGCCAUGCCUUUGACGCACCCACGGCCAUUACCAUCCACAAGUUCUGCGCUGGCCCUGAUGGGCAGUUUCAACUGCAAGCUGGGGGAUCUCGAGUUGUCCGCUGGACGAACACUACCCUGCGGCCGGAGUCGCUCGCCAUUAAUCCGUUCAGUGGCUGCUACGCGUUGACUUGGCUUCCUGGGGAGAACAUCACGAAUGGCCUGUGCGUUGGUGCGCUGACGACGGACCCGCGCCAUGCAUUCGGACAGGUGCACCAAGACCUGCAGGGUACUGAUACAGAUGCACCUGCAGGGACAGCGGACAAUGCCCUUUUCCUCGCCGAAUGCCUGCCCGUGUGGCGCCGCGUCAACGAUAAGAUGAUCAACCAGCCUUGGCUGUUUACUAAGAAUCCGAGGUAUGCCCCGGCGAGGACUGACCAUCACGUUCACUUUCUGCGGGACGACCGGGUCCUUGUUGAAGUUGCGCGGAAGGACGAGCAUCUUCGGCGGCGAGACCUAAGAAAGUAUAAGUACCACGUCUUGGACUUUGGCUCGCGGCAUCGGGUGGCGGAUGCAGGUAUGGCUGAAGAAUUGUGA